AUGGGUGGAAACACCGAAUAUAUAGCAGGCCAUGGCUACCUCUCCCUCGCUCAAGCCGUCCAUGUUGCUCAGAACAGUGAAGGAGGUGUUGAUCAACGACUCGCCCAAUACCUAGAAAGACGACUAGCCGACGUAUGGUCCAAACUCAACGCUCAACCUCACACAUACAUACUCCCGUCAGACGAAUUCGCCUUGAUAAACUACUACCGGACACGCUUUGGUGACAACGAAAUCUCUUCUAUUUUGGCGUUUAGCGACCUGCAACCUCUCCGGCCUUUCUCGCACGAUACCUUUGAUUACGGAGUCAUCGGAGUUUCUUCGCGACAGAGCAUUUCAUUAGUCGGUCCGCCGUAA